AUGGUGAAAACGUCAUGGACUGGCCGGAUAUACCGUAUCUCUCUGUACGGCAUUCUGGCAUUGGCUUUGAUUCUAGCCGUUGCUGCAGCGGUCACGGAAGAGUCAGAUAAAACUCAGCAGCUCAAAGUACGUUUUGGUCGUUCUUUUUUAUCUCAUCUUCCAAAGGCUUUCGCAAUAUUAUAGUAAAUAUAAUGCAAAGUUUUCAGGACAUUAUUGUGACAAGUGCGUUGGAUGCAGGGGGUUUUAUUACAACAGAAAAAAAAGCUCAUCUAUCUGGUCUGAGGGUGGAAGUCGAAGAACCUGGAGAUUCUGGAUUCAUCGGUUACACGUAAGUGACGCCCGACGUUACAUCUUAAUGUUUAGGGAGAAAGGGCUGAGUAUUGUGCAACCGGACACUGCAGUUCGCAUCGUUCUCUUUGGUUGGUGGUUGGAUGAGGUAAUUGUGGUCGGAUUCACGCCUUCUGACAGCUGUGUGGACACGUUGUUUAAUGUGACUCAGGUCGACUUUACAGUACACACGGAGAAAAGAUUGGUGGUCGAUUACUCAUUCCCAUCAUCCGAGAAGACCGGAACUGUUUAUAAGAUUUGUCUCAAACAGAAAGCCCGAGAAACCAAAGAUGGAAAAGUUUUGGACAUGCCUUUCGUUAUGGUGAGAAUUCGUUAUAAUAUAGUUUGUGCUUUGUAUGUGAAGGUAAUAAUAUUUUCGACAGAUCGACGACCUUCGAACGUCAGUGUCCACCGAUCUUCCUCCUCGCAAGUAUUAUUUUCCAAUUGCAGUCCAGAUCUGCAUAAUCGCUGUCCUUUUAACGUUGUCCGCUCUGUUCUCAGGUCUAAAUCUAGGUCUCAUGGCGCUAACGCCUCAGGAAUUGAUGCUCAUAUCCAAGUCCGGUAAGCCAUCCUCGAAUAAAAUUCAUUGUGUUAGGGUCCAAACGAGAACGAACUUACGCGGAAACGAUUCUCCCUGUUCGGAAGUCAGGAAACCAUCUCCUCUGCUCUCUCUUGAUUGGGAAUGUGUGCGUGAACUCGGCCAUUUCCAUCCUCUUCGAUGACUUGACCUCAGGCUAUGUGGCUUUAAUCGUUUCUUCUGCUGGUAUUGUAAUCUUUGGAGAGAUUUGUCCCCAGUCUUUGUGUGUGAAGAAAGGGUUAGAAGUGGGUGCAAGGACCAUCUGGAUCACGCGCUUCUUCAUGGUGCUCACUUUCCCCUUGGCCUAUCCUAUCAGUAAGAUCCUGGAUUGUAUUUUGGGAGAUGAAGUCGUCUCAUAUGAUCGAAAGAGGCUCAUGGAAUUGAUCAAGAUGUCCACUAGGAAUGAGAAAGGAUUGGCCGAGGAACUCAAGAUCGCUGUGGGAGCCAUGGAAAUCUCGGACAAGACUGUAACUGAUGUUAUGACCAAGAUCGAUGUAAGUUUCGUACUGCUCAGUUAGUAAAACUAUUGAUUGUAAUUGAGAUUGAGGCCAUUUAAACUGUCAGUUACAAGUUUUUCUGAUCAACCUCCCUUAUCAGAAAACGGGAGUGGGAAGGGUGGGGGUGACCGAUCAAGGGUUAGAUACGAUAAGUGAGCGGUCAUUUCGAGUCUGGGUCACUGUAAUUUCGGAGAAAGAAGUUUUGGAGAAGAACUUCCUGAGAGCAAUAUUUGGGGGAGCGAGGUGUUAGGGAAAGGAAAUUUGCGGGAAGCAAUAAUCCGGGGAAAGGAUCGGUAUUGCGAAAUAUGAUUUGUCUAAAAUCCACUACCGAGCUCAAUACCAUAAUACUUCUAAGAAAUACGAUUUAAAGAUGGAUUCCAGGAUGAAUGACAAUGAAAUUUCCAGAAAUAAGUUCAAUUUGAUUAUAAAUACUUAUGAUGUGGUGUUGCCCCUGAAAAGACGAUUUUUGGCUCGCUGCUCAGCCUAGGGCAUUAAAAAAAUCGAGUUGUCUAGCCUGAUAUGUUGGUAUGGGUCAUGAAAACAUGUUCCCAAAAUUUUAUCGCCAACUAAUGCCCGGAAGGUGGAAAUUAGCAUACCGCAGCUAUCGUCCACUGUGGCCGUUCCAAAAAAGCAAACUUUACAAAACCAUCUGUGGAAGACGGAGACAUCAGAAGUUACAAUUUAAAAUUGAUACGAUUACCUUUUCUGACCUUCGGUUGAAAAAAAUCGACACAUCUCCUUCAGGUCAAAACCGCACAGGAUUUUUUUUGCAGAUUCGGAGUCGGCUUAAAAUUGUGGUCUAGGAACAUGUAACUUGUAGUAAGUAAACCUGUGGGGCUCGGUCCGGCAGUAUUAGGCUAAUUUUAUAAAUACCCGAAAUUUCGGGUAUCGUGGAUGCCCCAAGUUUCCUUUCCCCAGAAACCAAGUUCCCCGUCCAAAGGGUGGUAAAUAUACCACAUCUAAAUAAUGAUGAUUAAUCGUGUAAUCUUGCAGGAUGUGUUUAUGUUACCCGACACAACAAUUCUGAACACAAAAACCGUGGCCGAGAUCCUUCGGAUGGGAUACACCAGAAUCCCAGUCUACAAUGGAGAUCGGAACAACGUCGUGUCCUUAUUGUUUGUAAAAGAUCUCGCUCUUCUCGACCCCGAUGACAAUUUUACAGUGAAAACGGUUUGUGGAUAUCACGAACAUGUUCUCCGAUUUGUAAUGGAAGACACUCCGUUAAGAGUUAUGUUAGAAGAGUUCAAGAAGGGAGAUUAUCAUCUGGCCAUGGUUCAGAGAAUCGUCGAAUACGACAACCAGGACCCCAUCUACGAACUUAUUGGCAUUGUGACUCUGGAGGAUAUUGUGGAAGAGAUUCUCCAAGCAGAGAUCGUUGACGAGACCGACGCCAUCACAGACAAUGUCCACAGAAUCAGAAGGAGAAGAGCCAUGGAACACGAGUUCACCCACUGCCUCGACAACGACGUAUCGGCCUGCCAUGUUUCAAUGCAAAUGCAAUUAGUGACUAUGCAAUGGCUAGCCACCAACCAUCCCGCCUUCCAAGAACAGUACAUCGGAUACAGUGUUCUGGAGAAGGUGAUCCGCCAAAAUGUUCACAAGGUAUGUUAUUCAUCUAAGCGUAAUCCAUUCAAUAUUUACAGAUUGAACUCAGCCAUUUGGGAGAUACUUCGGACCCUAAAAUGGUGCUGCCUAGAAAGAGCAAACUCUAUUCGAAGAAAGAACCAUCGGAUAAAUUCAUUUUGAUCCUCGAGGGACGAGCCGUGGUAACCAUUGGACAGGUAGGUGUGUUGUACAAAAUCCAACGCGCUUUCUAGACUGAUAUGACCUUCGAAGCCGGUCCUUGGCACUGUUUUGGGAACGAAUUACUAGACCGACUUCUCCAAGUGACCACCAAUCUCAAAAGACCUCAAAGAUCUCAAAGUCCAAGAAACUCGGAACCCACUUUAAAUCCAGUUGGAACAAGUCCUUUCACUGAUAUCGACCUCAAAAAGGUCACCUUCAUCCCGGAUUAUACGGCAGUUAUCAAGGACGAUUGCACGUAUCUGGAGAUCAGUGCCCAGACCUAUCUUUUGGCUUUCAAGUCCACUUUGAUCAAUAGAAACAGAGCCGACGGUAAUGACCCCAGGGAUUCUAUUACCGAAUUGGACAAAUCUCAUGACUCGGGGACGAUACCGGUGAAUAAAAUUACAUCAGAGGGCCUAGUGGAGGAAGACGUCGCUUUGGUGAGGACUAAUGGUUCGCUCAGACGAAAAGACGUGAGUUUUGUUGUAUCAUCGUACGUUGCAUACCGUAUGGGACAAGUCGUUUCUUGGUCCCUUUUAAUUGACCAAAAAUAUUUGAUCUGACUUUUAACGGGCUCAAUGAAAAGAUAGGCCGCCCUCUCCGCUCGAAUACCUGAGUUUUUAGCGUUUUGAGUCGGAAUGACCGAUGCAAUCUUAUUUCUUCAUUCCGUGUGUCGUUAUGCUUCUUGUAUCAAAAAAUAUCUCAUUUUGCUUGCCAAGUUCCAGAUAUCUGAGAUAUUCAACAAAAAAACAAAAAAUUGCUACUUAACAUACAAACAAACGAAGUACCGUAAUCUUUUGUCUUUCAGCUUGAACCUUCUCGGAAACGGGCCAACAGUGUGAGUAGUAAUCGAUUGGCGAAUGCCGAGGAGACGAUCCCUUUAUUCGGCGAUAAGGCCGACUUGGUCUGA